AUGUCCUCAUUCAUCCUCGCCUGUACCGUCUUCCUCGAGCCCCCUGUUGUUGAGAGGCUUCACAAGGCAUUCGCCAAGGUCCACUACCACCCGGAUGGCGUCCUCCCCAAAGAAGCCUUGCAGGAGGCAGAUAUCCUCUUCACAGAGAUGGUCGGUGUCCCCGCGCAAAUCACAGACCUGAAGGCCGAGAUCCCCAACUUGAAGCUCAUUCAGCUCGUGUGUGCCGGCUCCGAGAAGGCCCUCGCUUGCCCUGCUGUCAAAAACUAUGUUGCCCAGUCUGAUCGCUCGAUCACCUUGGCCAAUGCGAGCGGUAUUCAUGUUCUCUCCAUCCCCAACUAUGUUGUGGCUUCCAUCUUGGGGGCUUACCACCAGCUCUCUCGGCAGAUCAUCUUUGGUGCGGUCAACAAGCGAUGGGCUACACGAGCCGAGAUCGAAAUCACCGACAAGCCAUACUACGCACGAAGUCCCAGGGGACGUACUGUCGGCAUGCUUGGCUACGGAGCUCUGGGCAGGGAGAGCGCGAGGCUUCUGUCGUGUCUUGGUAUGGAGAUCAUCGCCGCCAACACCUCUGGAUCUGCCACCCAGCAGACAGGCUACAUCAUUGACGGCACUGGCGAUGCUGAUGGUUCCAUCCCCGAAACAUACUACUCUACCAAAGACCGUACAUCGUUUGAAGCUUUUCUUAAGCGGUGUGAUGUGCUCGUUUCCAGUCUUCCCAACACUUCUGCCACCCAGUACAUCAUCGGACCCAAGGAACUUGGCAAACCUCCUUCCAAAGAACGCUUUGCUUGUCAACAUUGGUCGGGGCAACCUCGUCAAGUCUGGUCUUCAGAGGACCUCCUCGCGGAACUGAACAAGCCUGAGGGCGAGGGCCUCUUCGCCGCCCACGUCGACGUCACCGACCCCGAGCCUCUUCCCGAAGGACACCCCCUCUGGUCCCACAGAAAAGCUACCAUUACACCGCACCUGACGGGCGAUACCGAGGGAGAGUAUGAUAUUGCGGUGGAUAUUCUGAUCGCGAAUGUGAAGAACUUGGCGGUGGGAGAGCGGUUGUAUAAUGCGGUCGACUUUGUGAAGGGGUACUAG